GCGGAAGAGUGCGGGGGGAGGGCGAAGGGGAGCACAACAAAGAAGAGGCGGCGGCGGGCGCUGGGAUGCGACGGAGGGAUGGUAGAGAGAAUGAAAGAAAGGAAAGAGAGGAGAAUGUUGACUUCUGUAUGGAUGUAUAAUGGAAGGAAAUAUAGCGGAGAACGUCUGUCCUAGAUCACUCGGAUGGCUUCAGCGGCAAGAUAAUGAUGCUAAGCCCUGGCUCUGGAAAUUUUCUAACUGCUUUUCAGCUACUGAACCGAAUCUUCCUCUCGCUGCAAAAACGAACAAGUCCAUGGAGAGUCAGAAAGUGGCCGCAGAGUUGAGGGAGGCCCCGUCGGUUCACCACGCCGCUCUGCAGCCGUUUGCAGCCCUGCCCCUCCCCGACGUUCACUCCCUCCAGCCAAAGCAAAUCCAGCUUCCGCCCAAUCCUAAAGUAAGCUGCUGUUCUCAUGGCUCUGAUCCUUCCCCUCGGGUGCCUCAGCUGCAUUUUGGUGGUGGCGGCAACAGCGGUGGUGGUGGCAGCGGCGGCAGCGGCUUGAUUCACCCCGGGACGGUCUUAGACGCCCCCGGCACUGGGACCAUCACUUGGCAGAUAGGGUCCGAGUUUGCUUGCCAGUCCUCUCCUUUGCUCAAGAACACCCCGGCGAGAAGCAGCGCGGCCGGGGACCUGGCUGGACCGUGCCGGGAAAAGAGCGUCCCUUCGUGCCCCCACUUUCCCUGCUGCGGGAAACUGCACUUCCAGGCCUGUCACGGCAACCUGCACAAACUGCAUCCGUAUCCCACCCAUCCGGGCUGUACGACUCCGGGCUAUUUUUCCUGUUCUGAAUUCAGUGGGGCGGCGGGACUCUCGGAGGAGCACCUCACCCCAUCGGAGCGAAUGUCUUGCGUUUGCACCAACACGCUGCACCUAAAGGUGUCACCCACCGUAUGCUUAAAGGGCUCGCACCACUGCACUGAGUGUUUAAGCCAGCCAUCCAGAGAAAAUCUAGUGGAGGCAGCUAAAAUAUGGCCGGAUAUUCCUCCUCCAAGCACCCAGGUGGCACCUCUCUCUCUCCCGAUGUGUAAUGGCUGCGGAACCAAAGGAGCAAGGAAAGAGAAAAGCCUCCUGUUGGCCAGCAGCUUUGGCCAGCUGCCCCCCAAGCAUGGAUCUCCAGAAAUCGCCAUCUCAAACCAGUUACUGGAAAACCUGCCUCCCAUUGGGGUCUUCUGGGACAUUGAGAACUGUUCCGUCCCUUCUGGUCGGUCGGCUGUGGCCGUGGUCCAGCGCAUCCGGGAAAAGUUUUUUAAGGGCCACAGAGAGGCCGAGUUCAUUUGCGUGUGCGACAUUAGUAAAGAGAACAAGGAAGUUAUUGAAGAGCUGAACAACUGUCAGGUGACCGUUGCGCACAUCAACGCCACAGCCAAGAACGCUGCUGAUGACAAACUCAGACAAAGCCUCAGGAGAUUUGCAGAUACGCACGCUGCACCGGCCACUGUGGUCCUUGUGUCAACUGACGUCAACUUCGCGCUAGAACUCAGCGACUUGAGGCACCGCCACGGCUUCCACAUAAUCCUGGUGCAUAAGAAUCAAGCUUCAGAAGCACUCUUGCAUCAUGCCCAUGAGCUGAUCAGAUUUGAAGAAUUUAUUUCCGAUUUGCCUCCAAGAUUACCUUUGAAAAAAACAGCAUGUCACACUCUGUUAUACGUUUACAACCUGCCAACAAACCGCGAUAGCAAAAGCGUCUGCCUCAGACUUCGGCGCUUGUCGGACAACUGUGGGGGGAAAGUCUUGACUGUUUCCGGCAGCAGUGCAAUCCUCCGCUUCCUCAGUCAGGAUAGCGCUGAGCGAGCUCAGAAGCGAAUGGAGAACGAAGAUGUUUUCGGCAACAGGAUAACGGUGUCUUUCACCCCCAAGAACCGAGAGCUGGCGGAAACCAAGAAUGCGGGCUCUUCCACAGCAGACAAAGUGAAGUCCCCCAAGAAAGCGAACCGAAACGCAAAGCUGUGUCUCAUGAGCCGAAUGGCAAACGAUCCGUCUUCAACUACCAAGACCGUGGUCGGAAAAGGCCUUCAGGGACACGGGUCCGUUCCAAAGAACACCACCGUUAAAAGCUUACAGGAACUGUGUCACUUGGAAUCAAAAGCGGGAAGGAGCUCUGAAAACCGGCAAGACCAUCUGAAAGAGGGAGUUCCUUCGUUGCACAUCAGUGCGACCACUGCAAGCUCUGUCCCCCUGGCCAUCAGAAAGGGAGGAACGGGGGAACCCAUUCAUAAAAACAAUCCAAAGAAAGAUACGACGGCAGCCAGAAGCGUCAACAGCUCCCCAGUACACAAGAAGGAAGAGGAGAACGCCUUCCAAGUCAGCUACCCUUCAGCUUUCAGCAUGCUGGCAGCCCCAAGACAGCACAGCCCCAUUCUGAUCUCUCAGAGUUGUUGGUCAUCAAGGAGCGUGUCUCCAAACCUUUCCAACAGGUCUUCUCCGCUCACUUUGAACGUCAUAAAUUCUUCCAGCAGUACAGACUGCCCAGAUCCAUUUGCAAAUGGAGCAGACCUUCAGAUUGGCAAUCUGGAUUACAGGCUGUCCCGAAAAGAGCUGCAACAGGCUUUGCAGGAUACCUUCACUAGGCACGGCAAGGUAAAGAAUGUAGAACUCAGUCCUCAUACUGACUAUCAGUUGAAGGCUGUUGUUCAGAUGGAAAAUCUUCAAGAGGCUAUCACUGCUGUCAACAGUCUGCACAGAUAUAAAAUUGGUAACAAGAGGAUUCAGGUUUCACUAGCUACAGGAGCUGCCAGCAAGUGCCUGGCAUUAAUUAGUUCAGAAGCAAUGUCCAUUCUUCAAGAUGCCCCAGCUUGCUGCCUCCCUCUUUCCAAGUUCACUGAGAUUUAUGAGAAAAAGUUUGGACACAAGCUAAAUGUGUCAGACUUACAUAAAUUAACAGACGUAGUGGCGAUCCGUGAUCAAGGCAACGGUCGGCUUGUUUGCCUGCUACCCAGCAGCCAAGCUAGGCAGAGCCCUUUAGGAUCUUCGCAAUCUCACGAUGGCUCCUCCGCUAAUUGCAGCCCAAUCACCUUCGAAGAACUGGAGUAUCACGAGCCUGUUUGCAAACAGCAUUGCACCAAUAAAGACUUCAGCAAACCUGACUUUGAUCCUGAUUCCUACAAAGUUCCCUUUGUGGUUCAUUCUCUGAAGACGUUUGCUCCUCAAGUUCAUAGCUUGUUGCAGACCCAUGAGGGGACAGUACCACUGCUGAGCUUCCUAGACUGUUAUGCUUCAGAAUUUAGCACUCUAGAAACUGUGCAGGAAGGCCAUGGAGGCGUUCCUCUGGAGCACCUUAUCACCUGUGUUCCUGGUGUUAAUAUUGCUACAGCACAAAGUGGCAUCAAAGUGGUAAAGUGGAUACAUAAUAAACCACCACCUCCUACCGCAGAGCCUUGGCUGUUGCGCUCCAAGAGCCCUGUGGGGAAUCCUCAGCUCAUCCAGUUCAGUAGAGAAGUGGUUGAUCUCCUUAAAAACCAGCCUUCCUGUAUUAUGUCUGUCAGCAAAUUCAUCCCCAUGUACCACCACCAUUUUGCCAAGCAGUGCCGUGUAUCUGAUUAUGGGUAUUCCAAGUUAAUGGAGCUGCUAGAAUCAGUGCCUCAUGUCCUGCAGAUUCUCGGGAUAGGAACCAAGCGUUUCUUGACCUUAACACACAGGGCCCAAGUGAAGCGGUUCACCCAAGAUUUACUAAAGCUUCUGAAGUCCCAGGCCAGUAAGCGAGUUGUAGUCAGAGAAUUCUUACAUGCUUAUCACUGGUGUUUCUCAAAAGACUGGGACGUGACUGAAUACGGAGUGUGUGAGUUGGUUGAUCUAAUUUCAGAAAUUCCCGACACCACCAUUUGUUUGUCUCAGCAAGAAAAUGAAAUGGUCAUCUGUAUUCCUAAGAGAGAACGUACCAAGGAAGAGACUGAAAGGACAAAGGGAUUCUGCAAGGAAGUGGUUGAUCUGCUGCGCCACCAGCCCUAUUUCCGGAUGCCUUUCAACAAAUUCAUCCCAUCCUACCACCAUCACUUUGGGCGCCAGUGCAAGCUUGCUUAUUACGGCUUUACCAAGCUGCUUGAACUUUUUGAAGCCAUUCCCGAGAUCUUACAGGUCCUGGAAUGCGGAGAGGAGAAAAUCCUUACGCUAACCGAGACGGAGCACGUCAAAGCCUUAGCUGCCCAGUUCGUUAAAUUGCUCCGCUCGCAGAAGGAUAAGUGUCUCAUGAUGGCAGACGUGCUUGCCGAAUAUGCUAAAACGUUCGGCUACCCGUUGCGCCUCCAGGACUACGACGUUGGCUCAGUUCCAGCUCUGGUGCAGAAACUUUGCCACGUCAUCAAGGUCGUCGAUACAGAAUCGGGGAAACAGCUGCAGCUGAUAAAUAAAAAAUCCCUCCGGACUUUGACUUCGCAGCUUCUGGUGCUUCUCAUGACUCUGGACGAAGCCACCGUGAUUUCUGUGGAGGAGCUUAAAAGGCGUUACGAGGCUGCCCAGGCGACUGCCCUCAACCCCUGUGAAUAUGGCUUCAUGACAUUUAUCGACCUCCUGAUGAGUGUGCCUUAUUUUAUCGAGGUUUUUAUUGACGGUGAAGCAGAACGUGUGAAGCUUACGGACCUUUACGUGUUCGCCAAGAAAGUGAGAUUGUUGCUUCAUACCUACCAUUACCAACAGAUCUUCCUUCACGAGUUCUCAACAGCCUACAGCAAAUACACAGGAGAAACGUUGCAUCCCAAGACAUAUGGCUACAGCAACAUUGAAGACCUCCUAGGGGCCAUUCCGUCGGUAGUAUGGAUAAAAGGUCAUGGUCAUAAGAGGAUUGUUGUUCUGAAGAAUGACAUGAAAACUCGUUUUAGCUCUCCCAGUCUUCCUCUUGCUGAUGAAAAUUAUGAAAAUGAACUUGCUGAUGGUGAUGGACAAGCUACAAAGGCAGCAGGAGUGAACAAAUCCUUAGAUUUAAUACUGGAAGCACCAAACGUUGUCUCAAGUCAAACUGAGCAAGAACUGCUCUGCCUCACCAAUACAUCACCUGUUGAUCUUUUAUGCGAGCCGGUCCCUUCCUGCCUUCCCUCCCCACAGCUGAGACCAGAUCCAGUGGUUCUUGAAUCCGCAGAUCUCAUCCGUUUUGAAGAACAUUCUCCAACCCCUUCUGAGAUUACGAUGGGACUUGAAGAGGAGAAGGCUGCUGGUCCUUCAGAAGCUAACAAAGAUAUCAGCCACUUUCCUGAAGCAUCUAAACCUUCAGAAAAUAGGUUGGCACCGCCCUGCCCCUCGUCCGAACACCAGGGGUGCAGGGAAGCCGCAGAGAGCCCAGCUCGAAAGCAGCAUAAGAACCGAGUGAAAUUGGCAGCCAAUUUCUCAUUUGCACCUGUAACCAAGCUUUAAAUCUUUUCCUGGUGUGAAAGGCAUCGUAUUGUUAAGACUGCACAGAAAAUAAAGUCAGCUAUUUUUUCCCCUUUUUUUUUUUAAAUUUUCGAUCACAGUUUGGAGUGGGGGUGGCCACCAAUGUAUUUUCUUUGUCACUUUGACUACCUUCUGUGCGAAUUUUGCGCAAUUUCAACUGAAGCAAAGCUAGGUGGGUUUUUUAUUUGAACGUCAAACGUUUGUUGAGAGUGAUCGAACAGUUUACCCUUUUUUAUUCCGUCCCACGUCAACAAAAGCAGAUGUGCUAAUCCUUGGCAGAGAAUAGAUUUUAAGUUUCUAAUGCCUAAUGGUGAUGUAAUACUUCACAUGAUGCAUAAAUUUCUAGGCUGUUUCUAAUUUGCAAAUUUGUUAUCAGAAAAUAACAAUGCUGUGCGUAAUUUGUUGUGCAAAAUGGCCUAUUGAGAGCAUUUUAAAACCGUCACUUAGAUUGGAAUACGUGGUGGGGUCUUUAACAGUAGCUUUGUAAGGGCAAAACUUGGGAAUUUUUUUUUUUCUGAUGACUUGUAAUUAAUUAUUGCCAAAACGAGAUUGUUGGAGAGUUGGUUGGUUUGGUACAAAACCCCUUUUAAAUGCCUUCUGUAAUAAUUCAGUUCCGUCGAGGAAACCUGUAGGAAGUGGCGAAUGUUUUAAGCUUCCCUUUUAUAAGCGCUGCCAGUGGAUGCUGAUUUGAGAUGAAGGAAACACACAGCGAAAAACAUCUCGGUGCCCGGCAUCUUGGAGGCACCAUUAAGAUGCCGCAGGCUGCAUCUGCUCACCCGAGGUUGCCAGGAACCGUUGAUAUUUCAAAAAUAAAUAUGCACCGAAAUGCAUAAAUCAUGAAUCGCACAAGGUGACAGGAGCUUUUUAAGACAGAAGGCAGUGAUGCUUCCGCGUGUGCAGAAACGGGAGCCGUCUGUAGAAAUGCCAAGGUUACGUGCCUAACCUUGUUUGCAAACUUUUUAAAUGUGUAAUAAAUGGGAAGCUUAAUUUGAAUCGGUAACGUUUUUUAACUGUGUCUGGUUUUUAUUCCUCCUAGUGCUGAAAGCUACUCUUCUAUGUGUCGUAAUUUUUUUUUUCUUCCAGUUCUUACAGGGGUAUUUUUUGUUGUUGUUGUUGUUGUUGGCUUUUAGAAAGGCCAGCCUUACGGAAGGGGAUGAGCCAGUGGGACCCUUUUGCCUUAUUUUUAGAGAGAGACCUUAAAAACGUCUUCCGAAGAUUUAUACCCCUGCUGGGUAAACUUGGCACUUACAAUGGGUUGUAUUUGCCAGGAAAGGAUUUUUACUGCUUGUCCAAAGGAAAAGAACCUAUUCAGAGGUUUCCACUGGCCGAACACAGAAAUAUAUAUAUAUUUUUUGUAACAAUUAUAUUUUAUAACGUACAAGGUUGGAAAGCAGGCUUGGGUUUCACAGCCAGCAACUGAAAGGGAAAAAAAAAAAAAAUACCACCAGAUGGCUUUUUUUUUUUUUAAAGGAUUUUUAAGCAAAGCCAUAUAUUGAACCUUACUGAAUUAUAUAGCCAUUAUGUAUACAGGGAAACACUGGAAGUUUUUCUGAGAUUGUGACACGACACAGUGUGUUGGAUAGCCUUACAGUUCCUCUACAGAUAUGGGUUUAUAGGAACAAAUUGUUAAGAUUUUCCUUUCUCUCUAGUGUUUCGAGUGUUUGUGAGACCAUCUCUCCGUUGCUUUUGUAUCACCUGCAUAAAACAAAGGCCUCGUCACUUACUGUGGGUCAUGCAUAUGCAGAUCUGGUGGUGGUUCUGAGCUGUGAUUGCAAGUCAUCUUAAAAAAAUAAAAAUGAGACCCAGGUUUUGGGGGAAAAAAUGUUAAGGUCCAGGAGUGUUCCCUAUCUGAAAUACAGCUGUGGCCAUGUCCUCUGUAGAGAAUAAGCCAUCAUACUUGGAUUCAUGUGGCAUUCUGUACUGAAUUGCUUUUUGAAAGUUAACCAGUGCUGUUCUGGAGAUGUUUGGGUUGGUUUCCCCCCCAUAGUGCAAGACUACUUAGAUUUUUUUUUUUUUUACAAAGGCUUGAAGAAAUAAUGUAACUUGACUGAUUUGAACAUGAAUUAAGAUGACGAAAUCCUUUAAUUUCCACUUCAAUUAUUCUGAUUACUGUUCUAAAACGAAACAGAUCAAGGCGGCCCUCAACUAGGCACUCUGGGUGGCUGAAGAUAGACAAUAUGGCACCUUUGUCCUUAAUUGUCUAAUUUGUUUGGACACUUUUGUGGGUCAAGUGGUAUUUUGUGCGUUGGGACCAAACAGUUGUCAAUAAAGAUUUCAAGCAAGCA